CACAUGUCUCUCACAGUUCUCACAUUAAAUUUCAAACUUUCGAAUUAUUUUCUAAAGACGAUGACGACGAGACGUGAAGCCGAAGCGUGGUCGGAGAUGGAGGCAAUAGCUAGGAAGAUGGUGGAAGAGGUUGAAACAGAGAGCAGCGGAUCAUCUGAAGCCGAGACCGAGUCUCCGAGAUCCGUCGGACGUUGGGGAGCAGCAGCUGCUACGAUCACGGGGAAGACGUCCAAGGAGCGAGUACACAGCCAGGUUUUGAAGAUCAGGGAGGAGGAUCUCUGUGUUCUGGUGGAAGCCAGAGCUGCGAGUCCAGAUAAUCGACGAUACGUUAAUCCGCGGCGUCUCAGUUUGUUCCUGAUCUCACGGCCGAGUUUGCCAUGUUCGCCUCUCAGUGGUAAAGUGAGCUCCGUUAACGCUGUUCAGUGAUGAUGAUUCUCAGAUAUCUAAAUCGAUCAAAAGGUUCGUCUCUCUGUUUCUUGAUACUUAGGUUUUGUGAUUAUGUUAUUUAAUCGUUUAUUAACUUUUGUUU